UACGAAAUUCGUGGUCAAUAAUAAACAAACGCACUACAUUCUCGGCUGAAUUGGACAAAUGAUUUGAAUUAACGUGGGCAGUAACAUGCAGACGGCGUUGUUCGGCCUGUUAAGAGCCGAGUGUAGAUUGGCUGUCUUGAUAUACGGUACCACCUAUGUUCAAACUACACAGACGCUACUCGACUGUAAUUUUCGUAAAUUACAAACCGUCAGCAUAUCAACGGUCGAGUGUUUGAGAAAAAGUGAUCCGAAAUGUAGCGCCGAGGAAAUCAUAGUUCAUUUUUAAUUUGUAACGACAUUGCAUUUAUGUGAUAUUUGGACAUUUUUUAUUCGCAUAACUAACGAGGAUUAGGGAAUAAUGGACGAGGACGAGAAACGGCAACGCGCUUUGGAGGCUGGCCGGGAAAUGCUUGCUAAAUUCAAAGCAGAACGAUUGUACAGUGUUCACAAUAGCAGUGGCAAUCAAUCGGCUGAGCCCUCAGAUGCAGAAUCCUCGCGUAACGAGGCCCAGGUGCCAUCUACAACAACACAAGGUGCUAACGUCAGUAUGAACGUGUCAUUGAGAGAUUUAACUCAUAGCAGUGUCAGUAUGAGCGAAGGAGAGGGCGAAGGUGAUUUGGAAGGAAUGGCAGGAAGAGUAGCAGAGCUGGAAGAAUUACUUCAAGGGAAAGAGGCGGUAGUGGAGGCUCUUAAUGCUGAGAUUGAUAAUUUGAGGGGUGAAGCAUCAUCUCCAAAUUCAUCACAAAGUCGUGCUAGUAGUAUUAAUUAUAAGGAUCUUGUGCUAACUUAUCAUGCCAAGCUUCAAGAGUUUGAAAGAGCAGUCAAUCAACGUGACAAUCUCAUUGAAGAUUUAACUGCAUCUCUGGAACAAACACUCUCAGCCAGAGACUAUCUGUUGACUCAGGUAAACACCUUGAAUGCAAUGCAAUUGGAACACCGAACUACUCCGGUCGAAGACAUCGAACCGUUUCAUUUGAAAAUAGAAAAAUUGGAGAAUGAGUUAGUAAAACAAAAAAUGCUAACAGAGGAGUUUAAAUCGCAAAUGAAUAAGUCCAACGAAGAUAGGAAGAAGUUGGAAAUGGAACGUGAAACACAGAAGGCUGAAAUAAACGACUACAAGCUUCAGAUUAAUCAGUUGAACGAAAGAAUUCGUAUUGGAGCAGCAGAAAACAAUUUGAAUAUUACAGAAACAUUAGAGCAGCAAAAACAAUACGAAGCUCGUGUUGACAAAAUUAAACGGGAUAUGCAAAUAAUUUUAGAAAAAUUUACGACAGAAACUAAGACAAAUGCAGAAAAGCACCAAAACGAAUUGAAGGAGUUGUCGUCAUCUCAUAGCAAGGAAUUGAGUCGAGUUAAGGAAGACUACGAAAAACAGUUGAAACUAGUGAUAGAAGAAAAUAAAACGUUGUCUGAUCGAUUAAACAGAGAUUUACCAGAUCUUGAAACCAGACAUGCUAAAGAACUAUCUGUAUUUCAAACACAGCUAACAACCUACAAAAAAACUGUUGAAGCAUUAAAAUUGGAACUGGUUAACCACUCUGAAGCACAGAGAACAGCUCAGGCCGAAGUUGUACUCUACAAGUCUCGUGUUGAGGAUCUUACCUUACAGAUGGAGGCGAAUCGUCGUCAGAAUUCCUUGAAGAGUAAGGCAGAAAAGGAAAUGUUGCAGGAGCAAAUAAAUCUGCAUAAAAUUCAGUUGGACGAAAUAACUUCGAAAUAUGUCGCUGCUUCUAGUGUAUUAGAAUCCAAAGAGAGCAUCGAACGCUCUCUAGAGCAAGCUCUGACAAACGUAACUAUCCUGAAGCAAGAUAAUGAGGCAUUAAAAUUCAAAUUGGAUGAUCUCUCAGCUAAAUAUUCGGCAGCGCAAUCACUCAUAGAGAACAGUCAAGUUCACGAGAGGUCUAUGAACAGCAAAAUAUUUGAUUUGGAAAAAUCAUUGUCGAGAUUGAGCGGAGUCAGCUUUAACACAGGAAGCGAGUUCAAUGAAACCACUUAUCAAACCUUCGACGAAGUUGCUUUACAGUUUCAAAUGACGAAACAGAGACUUGAGGAAAAGGCAUUGAUGGAAAAACAAUUAGUUGAGAGGAUUAAUGGAUUGGAAAAUGACGUUUCCAAGACUACUGAAAACUUGGUACAGGCUAAUGAGAGAUUGGAGAAAACUAGUCAAGAGCUGCAGAAGGUCAAUCAGGAGUUGGAAAAGGCUAACCAGGUGAAUCGGACAUACGAGAAAGAGUUGAAAGACUUGAAAAAUUCUCAACACAAAAGCAAGAGCAAGUUAGAUGAAGUGCAAGAGACAACUCCUGGUUCGACUGAACUUUUCCAAGGUUCGUUGUACUUCGGAAAAGACGAGGAAACGUCCAAGGAAAUCCCAGAUUUGCCAAAGGAAGCACCAACCUGCGAAGUGAAACUUUUAAAAGAUAAAAUUGAGUCGUUUGAACGAGAAAAUGAAGCAUUGCAAAAUCAGCUUGAUCAAUUGAAGAACGAUAAACAUCAAUGUGCUAAAAAAAUUAUUGCACUCAAUGAAAAAUUGAAACAAUCUGAGGAACAGUCUGACCAGUUGAAGAAAGGACUCGCAGCUGCUUGGGAACAGUGUGCAGAGGUUGAGGAAAGGCUGAAUCAAACCUUGGCUGCCAACGAAAGUACCCCUAACGAAUCUGCACUGACUACCUCGUUUCAAGACGGCAAACUGCCAGAUCAAUCGGAAACAAUGAAUGAAUCAGAUCGGCUACGGGAAAGAUUACUUAAGAUGGAUGUAAAAUUGAUAGAAAAAGGUGUGCAAGCAGAAGUCGUUAAUAUUCAAGACUUGGAGAAAAAAAUUGAUGAAUUGAACGUGGAAAAAGCAGCCAUUGUUAAAGAAAAUGAAAAUCUGAUUAGGAUUCAGAGAAAUUACGAAGAAGUAUGUGAGAAAUUGGAGAAGUUUCAGAAAAAUUUUGACGAACUUCAGCAGGAGCGGCAAAGAUUAAUUGAAGAAAAUGAAUAUUUGAAUAAUAAGCAAUCGAAAGAAGAUAUAAACAGUCUUCAACUGGAAAUAGAAAAAUUGGCGAAAGAAAAGCAGUUACUUUUAAACGAAAAGACUGUCCUGAUUAAGCAGAAUGAAGGUUUGAUAGAAAAACAUGCCAAAGAAAUGGAUGAAGUUAAAGCAGAAACAGCAAACGACGUACAGAAAUUGAAAUCGCUCUCACUUGGGAUGAGUGACAACGCAUUGAGCUUAAGCGAUUUGAAAGCCGAACUCGAGACUCGUCAUUCUAAGGAAAUGGAAGAACUGAGGACCUACUUUGAGCAAAAGUGUUUACAGAUGGAAAAACAGUAUUCUGAAGAAGUAUUCAGUCAGCAGUCAAAGAAAAUGUCCGACAACGACAGUGAGAUAGAAGAGUUAACUGAUGACCUGUACUUUGGUGGUGGUGGCGACUGUCUAAACGUUUUGGAUGUUCCUGGGCGAAAUUCAAAGACAGAUAGCGAGCUUAAGAGCAAAAUAAAUUCUAACGAGGAUGAGAACAUGGCAAAAUCUAAGGCGGAAGGCUCAGAAAAAGUUGCCUCGAUACAACAGGAGCUGUUCUUGAAAGUUGAGGAACUUGAGAAACUGAAAUCAGAGUACGAGGAAAAGCUGGUUGAACAACAAGAACUGCACAACAGCAUGGUGCAGAAGCUAUCGGAACGAACCGGCAAACGAGGACUAAUCAAAGUGGUGAAUCAGCCAUGUCAAACGGAUUUGGAUCCAAUUGCUGUGGAAAGUGGCGAAUUGACCGAAUUGAGAGCUGCCUACAGUCAUCAGUUAGAGGAACAGGUCAUGUUGGCCAGGCUUGACAUCGUCAACGCACUCCAGGAACAGAUUCAGCGUGACAUCGGCAUUAUGCAGGCAUUGCUGUCAGCCGACGAAUCAGACGCGCAGCAGAGUUGGCCUGCAGAACUGCUUGAACUACGUGACAAAUUCACCGAUGGUUCUAAACGUGAAAUACAAGAACUCAAAGAGCAGCACACUGCUGAAUUGGCCCGGCUUAAGGAGGAACACACACGUCUUUUGACCCGAACUAUCGAACGCCAUGAAGACGAAUUGACGAAAAUUAAAGCAGUAUCCAGAGGUAGUGGAAAAACGGGUUCAGAAGACGAAAAUUUGACUUCAGAAAAUCUUCUAAUUAGAGAAAGGGACAAUUUACAUAAGACCUGUUUGACACUGAAAAAUCUUGUAACAGAGUUGAUCAAUUAUUUUACAAUGUGUGAGGAAGAGGUAAACAAUACUCUAAUAUCUGAGGUACUGAAAACGCAGUUGUCAAAGUCUAUGGAAAUGAAAGACAACAAAGAAGAAACGUCGACUGAAGAAACUGGGGAUAGAACGGAAGAUCUACAGAGUAUUGUGUGCCCUACGGAAGAACAGACUCCUUCUAAACUCGCAGUUACAAAAAUUAAAAGAGUUCAUUUCGCGCCUCGGUAUUCAGGCAUCCAAACGCUGAUGAACGACGAUAAUACCUUGUUGGAAUUGAUAGAAAGGGAUAAAGACGUCACCCGUGAGUUGAAAGUUGAGUUGGACAAUUGUUUAGAUCGACUAAAAUCAGAGGCUGCCCAGAUAUUGGGAGUAUCAUCGACACCCGAAGAGUCUAAAAUCGAUAUGCUUGCGAAGCAAGUUUUGUGGUCGAGCAAAGUGAACGAGGAACUCAGUGUGAAAUUUGCAGAAGCUGAAAAUAUGAUAUUCAAUUACGAGCAAGAAAACGAACGUUUGAAAGUGAAAAUUAACGACUUACAGCUUAAGUUAACUUCUAUAGAAAACAAGAAAGAAAUCAUCAGCGAAGGUUAUGGCGAACAUGAGGAGUCGGGUGGCGACGUUACGACGGAGAAUUUAUCCCAACUUCAAGAACGAGUGAGAACUGUGAUAUCAAACGGAGGUGGCGAAAAUUCCUACCUAUUGCAGCUAAUCGAAGAUUUGUGUAGACAAGGGGACAAAGCUGCAGAUGAAGCGAAGAAGGAGAAAGAAGACUUGCAGUUGCAGCAGGUAUCUUUUGACCCUACUCCUCCCCCAUACAUUCACAGGGUUUGCUGCCGAAAGAUCGAAGCAGCGGAUAAGCAGUUGCGUGCUACGCGUAAAUUCCUUGAGGAACAAGCUGGCGAGCGAGAAGCUGAAAGAGACGAAGCAGCUCGUAAAAUUGAGGUCCUUAUUGAGCAGCUUAGAGAAAAGGAUCGCGAAAAGGAGCGUGAUCAACGUAUCACCUCAGAGCAGUCUUCGCUAUCGCCUGUACCACCAUCAACUUAUGCAGUCACCCAUGCGCUUCGUCCAACUGACAUCGAAGCAACCGUGGAAGCCCUUGAAUCCCAGAUGCACGAGAUGUCUUCCAUGAUGUCCGAGGCUGAGGCACGAAAGUCAGAGGUUGAGAGCGAACUGAAGGCAGCUAUUGACAAGAUAUGGGUAUUGCGAGAUAUUAUCACUGACUUGGAGCAGCAGGUCCAAGCAAAAACGGAACGUGAAGAUGCUCUACAGACCCAGAUCAAUCAGUUAGAAGAAUUAAUAAAUGUGCAAACUAAAAAUCAACAGGAACUUGUCCAAGAAUUAGACGCGAUUAAAAUGGGCAGCGAGAACGUUCAUUUGAAUGAGCACAUCGAUCAUCUUCAAGAGGAACUUAGAAAGCACAAAUUGAGCACUGAACAUUUCGACGUUAAUUCGUCGGCUAUGAAACAGAUCAAAUUGGAAUUACGUGGUAUGGGCGCACAACUGGACAAGAGAAUAAAAGAGCUGGAAGCAUUGCACAUGUGUGGUUCUAACUUGAGCCUUAGCCAGCCCAGCGAGGACGUGUCUGUUAGGGAACAGAUCGACGCUUCCCGAUGCCCAACACCGGAUGACCCUCAAUCGCCUCCAACUUUACCGCUCGAUCAUAUUCUUAAACUGAAAGAGAAAAUGAUAAAACACAGUAGAGCUGAAGAGGUUGCCUUCAGAAGAAUUAAGGACUUGGAAAUGCAGAUGACGGCUCUGAAAAAUCAGAAUGAAGAACUACAAGCCGAGCAAGAAAUAUUACAGCAAACAAAUUCAGAACAAUUGUUCCAAAUUGAAACUAUGCGUGGUCGAUUGGAACAGCAGAAACAGAGUGCUCCUUUUGCUCAGAGACAGGCUACUUCUCGCUUGGAAUUACAGUUACAUGAAGUUAAUGCCAAGGUUCACUCCUUGGAACGCGAAGUAGCUGAUAAGGAUUUACAGAUAAAAGACACUGAAAUUCAAUUGGAGAGAGCGAAUAAAUUGUUGCUUGAAAAAGAAGGUGAGAUUGCAAGCGUUGUUGAAGCCGAGAACAAUACUAUUCAAAAACUUCGAGAUCGUCUAGAAGUCAUCGAAGGAGAGAAAAAAUUGUUGGAGGAAAAAGUUGGAUCACAGGAGCGAGUUCAGCAAGAGUUACCGCAGUUGCUUGACUCGAUGCUGGAGGAUAAAAAUGAGGAAAUUGAUCACCUAAAAGAACAAUUAUCUAAAAAGGAAAAGCAAUUGGAAAUAUAUUUGUCAUUGAAUUUGGAUGAAAGUCAGUUGAAAGAAUUGAUGAAGCAAGCUGAGCCAAAGAACAGCGCUCGUACAUUGAGCGAUAUUCUUUCAAUUAAUUCAGAGUGUGAAGAGUUCCCAGAAGCUAUCAGAGAACAUGUUAAUCUGACGCAAACCUUGCCAUACAAUAUUUCCAAUUUACGAACUGCCGGCGAUGCUAGUCAACUGAAAUAUGUCAACCAGAUAUCCCCAAUGGUUAUGAUUGAACCGAAUAAAACUAGCGCUGAUGUUCCUCGACUGGAAUUACACUCACAGUCUCGUAGUAUGUCAGAAAGCUGCAUACCUCGUUCUCACAGCUCGACCGGCAUUGAAUUGGUUCGCAGUGUAUCUGAAUCUAAGUCGCCGACAAUUGAGGAAAAUGAUAGUUUGAACCACGAAAAUGUGAGAUCUCGUAACGUUAUAGAGAACGAAGCAAACGAUGAAAAUCUUUCGGGGGAACGAUUGUCCGUGGAAACUGGUGAAUCCGGUGUAUUCAAAGAGGGUGAAACUUCGGCUGAGGGAAUAAACGAAAGUGCUAGUCAGUGUCCAAGACAUGGGAAUAGAUCAAUCGAGCUCCUCAGUCCACGCAAAUCCGGUGAAGACUCGAAUCAGAGACUGAUACAAGAAUUGGAGAAUCAACUGAGUAAAGUAAAACAAGAACUCGAAGUUAAGUCAAACAAAUUGAUAGAACGAGAAGCGGAACUGAACGCCAUGCAACAUGAUCUGCUAGAGUUACGUACGGAAUUGAAAGAAACCAUAGAUACCCUAACGUGGGAUAAAUUUUUCUACAAAGAACAGUUUGAAUUGACUCAAGCUUCGGAAAGUAAAAUAAAGAUCGAUUUGUUGGAGGUUGAAAAUAAUCUGAAGUUAAAGACGGAGGAACUCGAAGAAUACAAGGGUAAAAUGCAGACAAACGAGAAAAUUAUCACUGAGCUAAAAAAGGAAAAUUCAAGGAUAAUUGAAGAGCUUGAUGAGAAAUUAAAGAAACAGCUCAAGAAAAUUGAUGCUACCUUACAGGAAAAAGCUCAAGAGUUGAAAAACUUAAAGGAAAUUAUUUUCGAGAAAGACAUUACCAUCGAAACACUCGGAACUCGUAAUGUUGAGAUAGAAAAUGAAAACAAACAGUUAUACGAGUACAAAACUAGGUUUGAAACUUGCAGAGAAGAACUAUCCAACUGUCAGAUCGAAGUCCAAAGACUAACCGAAGGAUUAAACAAUAGAGAUUUGCUUAUAAGAAGACUGGAAGAUAUGGCGAGACGAUCGAGCCUCUCUGGCGCUUCUUCACCCAGUGAAAACAAAGACCAAGAAAUUCAUCAUCUGCAAGAGCACCUCAAGGAAAAAGACAAAGUUAUCAGACAGAUGAGUGAUGACAGUAAAAGUUUGCAAAGAGCUUUGGAAACGAUACAGAAUAAAAUGAAGGAAUCAGGAAAUGUUGUUGAGUUAAGAAAGAAAUUGAAAGAUGAAAAAAAAAUGAAUACGGAACUAAAAGAGAUGGUUGAAAAACUACAGGAAGAGAUCGAACAUGUUAGACUUGCCUCACAUCAUACAUCCGAAGACGAAGGCGAUAUAGAGGAUAUGGUUCAAAGAGAAUUACAGGUAUCUGCUCGACUAGACAAACAAAUAAUGAGCGCUAUUGAGAGUGAGACAGAAGAGAGAGGUGGAACCAAGAGGCGAAUUGAAAGACACGCUUGCAAUUCUUUGGAUAUUGAGCCGGUUGAUCAGGCUAAACAAGAAAAGAAUGCUCAAAAAUAUAACGACGUCCGUCUAAAACUCAAACAAGCCAACAAAUCAAACGAGGAACUAACUAAGCUGAAAGACGAUUUAGAAAUCGUUGUUGAUAUGCUUAAAUCCCAAGUUGCGGAAUAUGAAAAUCGUAUCUUACAAAUAAAAUCAGACUUGGAGGAAGAGUCUAGAACAGUCACAAGAUUGAACGAAGACCUUGCGAAAGAAAAAGACACGAGCCGACAUUUAAGAAUACGGUUCGAAAGAGAACAAACUGCUAUACACCAGACUCAGAAGCACGAUUCGGAAUUGAUCACGACGUUAAGAAUGAAGUUAGAGGCGUCACUGGAUGCAGAAGAUAAAUUACGCUCGCAGUUAUCGGAUAUCAGACGUGAUCACAAGAGGAUAGAAACGGAAUUGAAUACUGUGAGAGAAAAGAUGAAGAAUCAGAAGGUGGCUGACACAGUUAGUCUCAAAGAGCAGUACCUGCAAGAAAUGAUUGAAGCAGAGCAGAAAAAGUAUGUUACUGUUGCCGAAAAGUGUGAAAAAGAAGAAAGGAAGAACGUGGAACUGACCGAUAAUAUACGAAGAAUAGUAAAUGAGAAAAGUAAAUGUGAAAGGGAACUCGAAAUGGUGAAUGAUGAUAGAGAAAAGUUGGCUAGUAAACUCGCUUUGGUUGAGGGAAUUAAAGAACACCUUGAAACAGACUUGAAAAGGACUAGAGAUGAGUUGAGAGCACGAGAAGGGGAAUGUGAGUGGCUACAGAAAAGAAUCGAUACCAUUACUGAAGCUGAAGCAAAGAGACAGCAACAAAGAACUGACGAACACAACGAAUUGAAAAGCCUCAGGAGAGAAGUUGCCAAUACGCGAGAAGUUAUGGUCGAUCUGGAAGCGGACAUGUCCCAUUCGAAGAAACAAUUGGCCAAGUAUCACGAACGACAAGAGCAAUACAUUCAAUGCAUUGAAACACAGCGAGCCACUUCAGCUGAUCUAAUGAAAAAGCUUACUUCGGCAAAAGAUGAGGAAAAAAGACUAAAAGAAGUAAUUAACGACAUGCAAAAUGACCUGCAAAUGAGUGUAAAACGAGAACUAGAGCUUACCAGUGAAUUACAGAGAGAGAGACUUUGCGGCGAGAAAAAUAUACCAGUUAAAUUUGUACAGAAGAUCCAGGAUUUGAACGAGAGUCUGCAGAAGCAUUUGAACGAGAAAAGCAUCCUCCAUGACAAACUGGCGAGAGCUCGAGAAGAGAAAGAGCAGCUAUUAGUUCGAAUAAGAAUUUUGGAACAGAAUCAAUCUACAAAUGCCGCAGGUGUCAUGAGCGGAGAAAUGGUGGAAAAGCUUCAACACUUUUAUGGAAAAUUCCUACGAACCGAUAGUCGGCGAAAAGCGUUGGCAUAUCAGAAGCGCUAUCUGCUCUGCGUAGUAGGCGGAUAUCAGCUUUCGGAGGAAAAUACUCUCGCCGUUCUCGCUCAGCUGACGUUAGUACAGCGGGAGCAUACCACGAAUCGUCACAACAGGAAAUCACCAAGGGUGAGAUUCAGAUGCGCAGCCCUGGCGAUAAUCAGUAUCCGAAGAAUGAAGUGGCUCAUUGGACGGUGGCGAACGGGGAGAAGAAUUGGCGCUAAUGCGGUUCUCGGAAAUCCAGACCAGUCGUUUAUCAUGUUGCGCAAAACAUCAUCAAACAAUCAUUCACCUCCUGUUCGUGACAGGCCAUCCAACUUUAGAGACGGCGGUCUCGGGGGUUUCCCACUUGAGCACUUCAUAGAUCGUUUUGUAAGUAUUGAAAAGAAGAUGGACCAUGCUUUGAUAGACGUCGGUCAGCUGACCUCGGACUAAUAAGAGUCGUCUAUCUUAUGCUCACUACCUCAACGUUUUCUUCUUUAUCAAGUACAAAGUACAAGUUGUUAUUGUAUUACAUGUAUAACUUUGGAUUAAUUGUGCACCGCACAAAUUUCACAACGCAGCCAUGCCCACGUAUGGCUUGUAUGGGAUUGCAUUCUCCGUCUGAGGACAGGUUACGUUACUUUUAGUUGUUUCUCUGCGUCAGACGGAAAUGUCGAGAAAAGAACUGGGCAUUCGAACAAAUUUUUUUUUAGGGUGUAAAUGUAGUUCCAUAUUCGAUUAAUUAAUUAAGCUGAAUGUGUACAUAAAAUAUUUGAUAUGAAAAAUAAGUUCGAAACGUGUUGACUGUUUGCUACUACUAUAACUAUUAGUCAUAAGGUUUUAGUGAUAAAGAUUUUGUUUGUUCUCAUUUUUUUUCUCUGUUUUUUUAAGUGAUUGUCAGACAGGUUUGUCUUAUUAUGGUGUUUUAGAAUUUUAUGUUUUGUCAGAUAUCGCGGCCUUUUCUACAUCAGGUGAAUCACAUUGUUUCACACAAUGAAAAUAUUAAUUUCUAGUAUGUAACAUGACCAAAGCAUUAUCAAGUUUUAUGUAAUAUGUAGCUUUGAUGGUAGAAACAUGUGCCUUGUACAUUGUAUUAUAUAUUUAUUAAAUGCCUGUUUUUAUAUUA